AUGGACGACCAAUUCGGGGGCAGAACUGACGAUGACUUGUUCGCCGACGAGUUCGAGCCGGUUGCCGAGCAAGAACCUCAGGUCUACUCUGAACCUCCCCCGGUGCCCGUCGCCGCCGACAAAGAUGCGUCCGCAGCUGCGAGCCAAGCUUCCUCGACUGCGCCCACGUCGGUGGAGACCGGUGCAGCGCCCUCUGCGCAUGCUCCCGCAGCAACAGCCGCCAACGAGGCAGCUCCUGCGGUGACAGCGUCGAGCGCCACACCUCCCAAUGCGACAACAGCGCCCCCGCAGAAGUCGGGUCUGAUGCAGUCGCGACAUGCCCAACAGCCCCCAGCCUCGGCGCCACGCGCGCCGCGCAACCACCGCGGCAACAACCAGAACCAAAACAACCACAACCACGCGGCGGCGUCACCCAGCCCGUCAAGCCCUGCGCCGCCGUCCUCCUCGGCCAGGCACGACGCUCGACAGCACAAGUCCAACCCAACCUCAGACGCCCGCACCGGGUCCGGCGCGAACCCACGCACAAAGCUCACCGAGGCUGAGCUGGCCGAGAAGAUGAGGAAGAUGCGCAUCCUCAACGAGGAGAAGACGCGCCGGUUCAAGACCGUCGAGGAGGAUGAGCAGUCCCACGCAAUGGCCAUGGAGAAGGCGACCGCCGAGCAGCGCAAGCGCCGCCAGGAGGAGGCCGAGCGCCGGAGGAGAGAGGCCAGCGACAAGAAGCAGCUGGACGACGAGCGCGAGAAGAACAGGCAGCGAAAGCUCAACGCGCUGGGUGCCCGGGAGAGCAAUUGGGACGAGGGCAAGGAGGAAAGGCUGGCGGAGGAGGACCGGAGGCGGGGCACAUCUAACUUCAGGGGCGCAAACGGGGGCAUCCGCGGCUCCGCAGGCGGCAGGGGCGGUGGUAUCUCCGGCAGUCGCUUCGCCGACUCUGCCCCAGACACCGAGUUCAUGUCUGGCCGCGGGGGACGAGGUGGCAGGGGCGGAAGAGGGAGAGGCGGCCGUGGUGAUUAUUCGGCCGCUUCACCAUCGUCGCAAGCAGUCAAGAAGGAGCCCGUGCUCACCUCCGAGGAGUUCCCUGCGCUGCCGUCUGCCCCGGCUUCCAACAACAAGGUCUCUUCUGUCGCCAAGGCAGACCUCAACUUGCCGACGUCGCCGCUCGGGAAAUGGGAUGACGAGAUGGCCGCGAUGGAUGCCAAGUCUGCUGCGGAUGUGACCAAACCCUAG